CUGAUCUGUGUCCUCAACAUGUCCUUCCACAAAGCCGUCUACGUGCGGACCACUUUGGACUGCUGGGCCAGCCACUUUGAUCUCCUGACCGAGUACAUCCCCGAAUCCGGCAACGCUCACACGGACCGCUUCUCCUUUAAGCUCACCUUAGUGCCACCCUUCCGAGAGCAGGGGUCCCGAGUUGACUUUUGUCUGCGUUACGAGACGCCCGUGGGAACCUUCUGGGCCAACAAUAACCACCGGAACUACGUCCUCUUCUGCCACCAAAGAGCAAAGGAGCCGAGGGAGAAGCCCCAGAUGCAAACUGCGCAGAAGAAAAGCUGCCUCAAAACUCUGAGUUGUAGAGCUGACAGUCAAAAUGACACUUCAGAAACACCAUCCCAAGAAAUCCUGUCAGCAGACAGCGCACCAAAUGGAGAAAAAGUUGACCAUGAGCAAGUGGCCCAAGUGCCGCAUCAGUCAGAAGAAGACGGGAACAAUUUACAGGCUGAGAAUAGGUGGAACUGCAGCCGAAGAAAUCAGCGAAAGGCGGCCCGGAUGGCUCGCGUGAGGGACUACUUUUCCGGAACAGACGGCGUACUCAAUGAUAAAAGCGAUGCAACGUGUCCAGAGGACGAAGGCAAAGAUGAAAUCCCGGUGGAGGAUCAGGAAAAUGUGCAGUGUUGGUGUGAAGAGGAAACGAAAUUCGAAGAUUCUCGCGAUAUUGUGGAAAAAACUUUCAGGGAAAUGCCAAAUCAACAAGAUGAGACACAGGCAGAGCUACUCGAGGAUGCCAGUUUGACUUUAUUCUUCCAAGGCGAGGCGAGCGCAGACAUGUCAAACGAUGAGCCUCCACCCACUGAACGUCGCCGCCCUUUUGUCUCCGAGGCAGAAGAGACGAAUGAAAGCUGCCCAAAUCAAAGCAACGGCUUUACUUUUGAAACGGCGGCGACUCCUCCGUACCAUCAGAUGCUUGGCACGGAGGAAACGGAUUGGGCAUGUCCACAACAGACUGAGGGUGAAGAUCAUCCAACUAGCCGCAAAGUUGAAGAAAAUGUUAUCGGGAAGAAAAAUCACCAGGCCGAUCUGAAGCCUGCAAACUCGUCAGAGUCCAUGAUGAAAUCCACAGACCGUGAACAGGAGCAAGUGAUGGAGAACUCGACUCAAGGUUGCUUUGAUGCCAAUCGGAAUGUUCCUCUCCCGGAAAACGGCACGUGGAACGGCGCCGAGGACGCUUUUGAAUUGAAACUAUCGGCUCAAAGAAACGUCAACAUAACCCCAUUUCACAAAGAUGUCAAUUUACCAUCGGGGGUCUCGCGUGCAAUUCAGAAUCCGGUUAGCGACAACGUGGAUCAGCACGUUAGUUUGGGGCGCGCCGACUGGUCCGAGACGGAAGAGUCUGCGGCGCAAUCGGUGGAAAAUACGCCGAGCCGUGAAGCAAUGUUGGAAGAUGUGAUCGAGAACGCAACGAAACAGCGCCUUGACGACGCCGCUAGGAAUGGUACCAAAGCAAGCAUAAGCCUGAUGGAGAGGAACACCGAAAUGGCUCCACCCUCAGGGGGCUCACAAACCAUUCAGAGUCAGUCCGAGCCUGUUAGCGACGGUUUCGUGUCUGCAGACUGGUCAGAUGCAGAAGAUGCUGAUACGAAAUCAGACAAUAGGCAGGAUUAUGAACAUCUUCAGGAAAAUGUGAUCCAGAACUCAAUCGAAGAGUGCGUCGACACCAAUUUGAACGUUCCUGAAGACACUUUGCAUCGGGCUGAUUGUGCUCUUGGUAGCACAUUUUCGGAUCAAACAAACAUCAACAAGAGUGACUCAGAACCCGUUAGCGACGGCGUAGACGACAAGGCCAUCAUAGAUCACGCUGAUGGCUCUUAUCUACAAUCUUCUGUGGUAACAUCAACAAGCAUUUCACCUUCAGAAUCUUUAACCCACACCGAAGUUUUCGGCAAAGCAGUCACCGACGAACCAGAGACGCUCGACUCCGCUACCGCAAGAACACCUCUGAAUUUUCUUGAACCUCAGGGGGGACUGCGUUGCACCGGAGGUGACGGGAGACACGGUUUCCGAGAUGAUGAAGCAUUGACGUGCAAAGAUGACUCACAAGGUGUCUCAUUUUUAGAAGAUGAGGCAAACCGUUCGCAAACGGUCAAUCCGGAUCCUUUUGGCGCAGCAGAGACGGACGAGGCUCAAAGGUGGGAGGCCAAGGUGGAGGAAGAGGAAGUGAAGGUAUUCCAGGAGGAGAGCGAGGAGAUCCAGCACUGUCCACCAAUGGAGAAACCAGAUGACCUCGAAGAAGAACUUGAGAUCGCAACUCCGAGGGCAGCAGAGCCCAACGAUGUCGAGAAUGAACACGCCAAGAUGAUUUUUGACAUUGGUGAAGAUGUCGGAGAAACUGAAGAGCACGUCGCGGAGAUGCCGAAAGGUAAACUAGAGGUUGAGAUGUGGCAGGAGGAGGUCAGAGAUGAAGAUGGGGUGGAUGCAGAGUUGGUAGAUAAAACGCCAGCUGUAGAUCCAGGAAACGAGCAGAAAAUCCCGGCUGAUGAUGUGGAAGGCAAAGAUGAUGAUGUCACCAGGUCGGAAUUCGAUCGAAACAAGCUGACGGACUCUUCCCCGAGUCGUCUGUGCGAGGCCGACGCAGCCGUCGAAGAACCCACCGCACAAAAUCCAGAUGGCAAGACCGCGACUCGCGAUGAGAGUGAGGAUGGGCUGUGCGUCUUUGCCGAGCAACCCGAGGGCGACAGCGCCUCGGCCGAGUCCGACUCCGAUGACGAGGUGGAGCUCUACAUGCACUGCCUGCGUGCGGUCCAAACCAAAGACCAGGGCGCCGAGGCGAGUUUUGGCCUGAGCAAGAGGCCUUCUCUGAGCACAAGCAAACCGCUCUCCUCACCCAUGCCGUCCAUCAGCGAGUCCGCGGAUGAGGAACACGUCGGCUGUCAGCAGGUCGGCCGCGAAGACGCGCAAACAGAAAAAGCAGCUCGGUCGCGGCCGAGUGAACCGGAAAGCGCCGGCGCGAACGUGGCAAGGCGAGAGACCUGUUCCUAUCGCUCUGUCUCCAAAAUUUUGCUCUAUGUCACCUUGUUAGCCGUGUUUGCAGUCACCGCUUAUUAUUACGACUUUCUUGCGUGUUUUGGCCUCUACCUGAUUUCUGUGGUCUGGCUCUUGUGUCAAGGAGAGAAACGGCCCAUGAAAGACAACUCGAUAGGAUAAAUUCCGUUAAGGAAAAAGAAUAAAAAGAUCAAAACCAGCAUCGACCAGCGUGGUUUUGUUGUGAUUAUUUACAUCUUGGUCUUGCUGGUGACAGCAGCGGCAAAGCAAAACUAAAAGAGUCGAACAGUGGAAUCUUCAAUCACUGGGCAACCAGCUCUAUGAACAGAGCCAUCGCGGCCCGGCUGGGGCCCUGCCCCCCAGUUGUUGAUAGUCGGUGACCAGUUCGUCUUGCUGGUUUCACCAGCUUACAUGGUCGAAGCGGUGGCUCAGUGGGUGGGGCGGGUUGCCCAGUGACCAAAGGUUCGGGUGGUUGAAUCUUGACUGGGUUUGUUGUGAUUUUGUCGCUGGUUUUGCUAGCCACACUAGCAAGACCAGCAUCCUGCUGUUGCGCUGUGAGUGGCUGGUGACACAAGCAGGACCAGCACCAAAACAAAACCAUACUAUUGUCUGCAGUUUUUUUGUUUGUUUGUUUGUGUUGUGGUUGUAUUUGAAAUUCCAAUGCAACAUUCACAUCUUUUUCUUGCUAUAUUGGAUUUUUUUUUUUUUAAUGCCACAGUAUAUUGUCAAAAUGAAGUCUUUUACUCAUGUCCAAGCAGGAAUCGUUUUCGAAUGAUUUCCUUAAGCAAGAUACUUGAUGUAUCAUUUCAGACAGUUAGCUUUUAAUUGUAACGACCAUAUUUUCUAAAAUUAGCAACAUUUGCGUGCCUCAAUCGCUGGCUUGUGUGCUUUGUCCACUUGAAUAAAUAAAACGCCACACCUACAUUAAUGCCUUAUUAGGAAAAAAAAUGUGUACAAAUAUACCCCUAACAGAUGCUUCCGGCUCCACUAUGAGGAAAUAAGAGUUUCAGAUGACAGUCUAAGAUGACUAAACCUUUAAACCCUUACAGCCAUUUGUUUUCUGUACACUUCAGAGUAUAAAAUGAUCAAAUGCAAAUGAAAACUCAAUUGUGCUGCGUGAAGGAUGCAUGUAUGUUCAGAUGUGCGGUACAGAGUGUUUGGAAAGUCACUGAAGUUGAAUUUUUAUGACAUUUUAAUUAAAUGGAAAUUCACGUCAA